GCUCCUUCGUGAACGGCUGCAGCUUAUCGCUCACCUGAUUUAUUUGUUUGUUUAUCAUUUCAAAAAAUGUUAGUUGUGUUUUACGAAUUUUAAUUUUAUUUAGUGUCAUUGCUUCUUGAUUUUAAUUUUAUAUCUUUAAAUUAGAUGGCGUAUUUUUAAAAAUUCUAGUACUUUGAAGAUUUAACUAGUACUUAUUUGUCUUGUUUCAAAUUAUUUCUGCUUUACUAAAAUAUUUUCAUAAACACUAUGAAAAAUGAGAAUGCUGUUUAUGGUGAAACUUUUUUAUUUUCUAAUUCUUUUUGUUACAAUAUCUGUCCUAUAUUGGUUGUUUUAUGAACCCAAAGAAGAUUUUAACUUUGACUAUUUUGACAAUCAAGAGGGCCAUUUCUUCCCAAUAGUCCCAAACCUAGUUCAUUAUGUGAUUUUUGAUUUAGUUUCUAUAGAUUUUACAACCUUCUUGUCCAUGACAUCAGUCAUAAAGAUACAACAACCUGACCAUCUGUGGAUCCACUGUAAUCAAAUACUUCAGGAGAACCAUUACUAUUCACUCAUAAAAGCCCUUGCGAAUCUAACUAAAACAAAAGUAUCCCUACACCACUUUAACCCACCAACUCAUGUAUUUGGCCAGCCUCUAAGCUCUAUCUACCAUAGAUCUGAUGUGGCACGAAUUGCUAUCUUGAGCGAGCACGGUGGAAUUUAUUUGGACACAGAUAUGCUUGUUUUAAAGCCUUUAGACAAAUUUCUUCACUAUGAAAUGGUUGUAGCGUGGCCCUACAAUGAUUUUCUUGGUAAUCAGAUACUGAUAGGCCACAAAGAAGCAAGAUUCCUGAAGCUAUGGCUUCAAGGAUACAGGGUCUAUAAGCCAAGGAUGUGGUAUUACAAUGCUGGCCAAUUUCCUACUGAGCAAAUAUUAUUGAAGCUACCUAACAUCGCACACCGCGAGCCUGAGAAGCUGGGUGUGCACAACUUAAUCAACGAGCUUUAUGAGCGUAAUGACUGGGACUGGGGCGAUUAUUAUGCUAUUCAUUUGCUUUCUCGUCAUCCCCCAGCACCAGUGCUGAAUGAGAAGACUCUGGACAAGUACAAUAUGACAUUUGGUGCUAUUGCUAGGUGGCUCCUAUUCAAGGUAGCUCCAUCUUUGGAUAUUACCUCCAUUCCUGUAAAAUGGUCUAGCUGAGCACUGUUUAGAAAUAAUGCCUUUGGAGCCCAUAAUACAAUAGCAUCUAUAGAACGCCAUAAUAUGCUGCUGAAUCUUUGAUUGCCUAUUAUUGGUUGAGCUCAAUAUUGUCCAAUGGUAAAUGAAUUCCUCAACACAUUAGAAGUUGAAGCCUCCAAUUUGUAUCCUCCCUCCUCAAUAUUCUCCUUUUUUAGAAUUGCAGAGUAAACACUCAGUUUUGGAGUCUGAGUUGACCUGCAAUCCAACUUUUUGCAGAUUUAGGAAGGCGCUUUCCGUACUCAGACAACUGUGCCCUACGACAUCCAGAUCAUCGACG